AUGGGCAGCCCCGAGAAGAAGGUGCCUGUUGAUCUUUCGAGGUGUAUCAGCUUGGACGACUUCCAACGACAAGCGAAGCCUAUCCUGGGGAAGGCUCUGUACGAGUACGUCGCUUCUGGCACGGACGAUGAGCAAACGCUAUCGGAGAACCGCCAAGCUUUCAAGCGCAUGUUCUUGCUGCCGCGCAUGAUGCGAGUCGUGUCCGACAUUGACCUGCGGCUCGAUGUUUUCGGGCAGCGGUUGUCGAUGCCGGUUUUCGUGUCGCCGGCCGGCGUGCACAAGCUCAUGCACCCCGAGGGGGAAUGCGCGACGGCGAGAGCUUGCGCUGAAGCCGGUACCCUCAUGGGGGUCUCCCAGCACGCCACGGUGUCGUUGGAAGAUGUGGCGGCCGCGGCUCCGCGGUGUGCCCGGUGGUUUCAGCUGUACAUCCUGAAGGACAGGGAAUUGACGGCCGGCAUAUUGCGGAGGUCCGAAAAAGCUGGCUACACGGCGAUUUGCCUGACGGUUGACAGCGUGAGAUUUGGGUCAAGAGAGGCAGACUGGCGCAAUAACUUCAACGGGCUCCCACCAGGAGUCACGUUGGCCAACUACCCGACGCAGGACGGCUAUAACGACAGGGUCAAGGACGCGUGGGACCAAAACACGGAGAAGCUGUUCGACGAAAGAGCUACCUGGUCGGACAUCGCUUGGUUGAAGUCGCUCACGUCGCUGCCGAUUCUGGUCAAGGGGAUUCUGACCGCCCAAGAUGCCGUUUCGGCUGUUGAAGCCGGCGCAAGCGGGGUAAUCGUUAGCAACCACGGGGGGCGCGCACUGGACGGAUCGUUGUCUUCGAUCGAGAGCCUCGCCCCGGUGGUCAAGGCGGUGCGGUCCGUCCCGACGGGUGCAAACGUCCCGAUAUUCUUGGACUCGGGCGUGCGCAGGGGAACCGAUGUCCUCAAAGCGCUGGCGCUAGGCGCGACAGCUGUACUUCUAGGGAGGCCCAUGUUUUUCUCACUGGCUGUGGGAGGGCAGGAGGGCGUCCAGAGAAUGUUGAGUAUCAUCAGGGACGAGCUGGAAGCCGCCAUGGCGCUCUGCGGGUGCCAGAGGCUGCAAGAUAUAACGAAGGACCUAGUGACGGACUUUCGAGAGGGUGGGAGCACCUUCCAUCGCCCUCGACUCUGA